UUAGUCUCACUUUUGAUAUAGAAGUAAUGAAACGUAUCUUUGUACACACUGGAAUAUCAUUUCACAUUCUGUACAUAUUGUGAACAUUGAAGUGAAAUAAUCAAUGAUAUAACGAAUGCAGACUUUUUGACGCUUUGCACUUAACGAUUGUGUAUUUUUAAUUUACACAAAUGGCAACGAAUACAUCGGAAGGCAAUAAGUAUAUUUAUCAUCUGCCGUUUUUAGAACGAUCGGAACUUUGCAAAAUAUUGAACCAAAAUGACAAGUGGGAGGAACUAGCUGGUACCUGGAUGAAGUACGAUGUCUUGACGAUACAGAAUUUACGAAGAGAGAAGAAUCCUACUGAUGAACUUUUGACACUAUGGGGUCAUUACAAUCAUACCAUAACAGAGCUAUUUGUCUUAUUAGCCAGAAUGCAACACUAUCAGUCAAUGGUUCCUUUGUUGCCUUUCGUAGAUGCAAAAUUUCAUCAGCUCUUGCACAAUGGAGAGGGUAAUCUACAGAGAAUGUUACAAAAGCAACAGGCCAACAGGAACACAAAAGAUUUAAAGAUUGGGGCCCAGAAUUUUAAUGAAUGUGUGCAACCGCAACUGAAUACAAAGAUUGUCGCAGAGGAAAAACAGCAUUGUAAAAUUUUGAAUCAACCAAUGGCACAGUUGGCUAAUAAUCGAAGCGAUUCUAAUAAUUUGCUCGUGGCUUCACCAGCAGCUGCAGCAGCUCCUGCUUUUUCACCAUUUCGACAAAAUACUGGCAGUAGUGACAAAAAGAUGAAUGAGUCACCAUUGCCAAAAACAGAAGCUACUUUGCCUCGUGUAACUUAUAGUGAAUUAGGUAUUGCAACAAAUGGAUGGAACAAGUAUAAUAUAUUAGGCAAGGGUGGUUUUGGUACAGUAUACAGAGGUACUUGGAAAAACACUGACGUGGCAAUAAAAAGAAUUGAACGAAAAGGACGGAAUAGUUCCGAGAGGGAGAGGGAGGGUUAUAUGAUACAGCUGCAGCAGUCCCUCAUAGAAAUCAAAAUUCUAGAUUCUCGCGCUCAUGAGAAUAUUUUACCCUUAUAUGCGUACAGUUUCGAUGGCGACGCACCGUGCUUGGUCUACCAGUUGAUGAGAAACGGAUCUUUGGAGGAUAGACUGCUGAUAAGGGAGAAGACUAAACCACUUACGUGGAUACAAAGGCAUGAGAUAGCCAAGGGUACAGCGCGUGGAUUACAAUACUUACACACUAUUGGCGAGAAACCGUUGAUUCAUGGUGAUAUUAAAAGCGCUAAUAUUUUGUUGGAUAAAAAUUUCGAGCCCAAAAUCGGUGAUUUUGGUUUGGCGCGAGAAGGUCCAGAAAGCGAUAGCAGUAGCGAUAUGCAGGUCAGCAGAAUCAAUGGGACGCGACCGUACCUGCCUGAAGAUUUUCUAUUCGACAAGAAAUUAUCCACGAAAAUCGACACAUAUAGUUAUGGUAUAGUCUUAUUUGAAAUAGCGACGGGUCUUCGAGCUUAUGACGAUUCGCGCCCAGAGAACAAAUAUCUACGAGAUUUCAUUUUCUCUUGGCAAGACAAAGAUCUUCCUCUUCUGAUAGACAAAAAAGCCGGCGGAAAGGACAGUCAGGUUUAUGGAAAUUUAAUAGUCUUAGGAAAAUGGUGUUCCCAGCGAUACGCACAAGAUCGGCCAAAAAUGGAACUUGUUUUCCGUAAAUUGAAUGAUUUAUAAACUUCCACUGUCGCGUCGCAACGCGUUUUUUUUGGACAGGUUUGAUUGUAUUGAGUUUACAAAUUGCACAGUUUGAAUUGCAAUUAUGGGACCAAAUAAUAGAAGUAUCAAACUUCACUAUACAACAAAUCACAAGUGUAAUUGAUUAAAAAAAUUUAUUUUGUAAUAUAAUAUAUGUAUACGUGUUGUGUAUAUAUGAUUAUUUUUGUUAUACAUGCAUGUUCUGAUUAUAUAACAUAAAGUCUGUACAACAAAUAUAAUAGGGAUAAUAUGGGUCAUAAACGUAUAUCUGACAUGAUAUUUUGACGAUAACUCGGUACGUUAUCGGCACGAUUCGAAUUUGCCGUUCAACUCAGCAUCCGCUUAAUUGUAUUUAUGUGUUUUGGAAACUCAAAUAAGUCGACAACAUGUGUUAUAAUAUUUCAUAUAAAAAUAUAUAUAUUUUCAUCACAUUUUAUUUUUCUAUAUAUGUUACAAUGCUAAAAUACUUAUAAAAAUUUGUUAAGAAAACUUUUUCUACGUGUAAAG